CUCCAUAUGAGACUUAUGCUGCAAGAGAAUCACUCAUUGAUCCGGAUUCAGCUUCGGUGGAGUAUGAGGCUUUUGAAGCCGCCGUGCCUAGAGAUACUUAUAUUGAGCCAAAUAUGUCCCGCCUUAGAGAGACUGUUGUUCAACCCAUGAGCAUUAGUAUAUAUAGUGACUACCAUUACUUGGAUCCCGCUGCUACGGAUAUGUAUGGCUAUCAUCACGCAAAAGCUCCUUCAUCACCACUGGAUUUAGCAUCUAGAGGCGAAUACUUUAAUGAAAGUGAGAUGGUGGACCCUCAUAUACGUGCUCUUACCCCACCAAUGCCACCGGUUGUUCAACAAAAUCAUCAUCAUCAAGCUGUCGUUCAUCAUAGUUUUGUUCCUGUACCAAGUCCUUCUAAAGCUGUAUUUGAUACUCAACAGAGUUACUAUGAUGAUCAAGACAACCAGCUCACGCCCAACCCGCGUCCUUCUGCCGCUAGCCGCCAUCCACAGCCACUUCCACCUCUUAUCCAUCUCCACUCCUGAUUCUCCUUGGCAAGCUACUUCACCACGCACCAGCUCUCUUUAUAAUGAUUCCUCUAGACACAUGAUACCUACACCCAAUACAGCUGGCUCAUCACCACGAUCUCGAUCCAACAUGCACCAUAUGGCACCUUCACCACAGCCGUCUCCUAGUACAGCUGGUUCUUCUCCUCUUGGGCAAACUUCUUUACCACCAAGCCCCUUCCCGGUUAUGUCACCAUCUAAGUCUACUCCAACAGGUGGUGCGGUAGACAAGAAGAAGACUUCGUCAAAGAAGAAGGAAUCUGUCGUGGCUAGUAACCCUGCCGAGAAUCUUGUCCAUGCUGGUAUCAAAUUCCAUGAAGCUGGUCAAUUAGAAAAAGCUGCUGAUAAUUUCAGGUUAGCUGCUGAACAAGGUUCACCUCUUGGUAUGUUCUUAUUUGGUGUUUCCCUCCGACACGGAUGGGGCUGCAAGAAGAACGAAAAGGUUGCAUUCCAGUAUCUACAAAAGGCUGCCGAAAGCGCUGUAUUGGAUUUGAACAACUUGUCUUCCACCGUCAACAUGUCAGCCGCUAGAGGUGAACUGGUGAUGGCUAUUUAUGAAUUGGGUGUUUCGUUUCGACACGGAUGGGGUUGUGCAAAAGACAAGACCUCUGCCGUUUAUUUUUUCAAGAUUGCCGCUGACCUCGGCGACCCCGAUGCGCAAAAUGAUCUCGGACACUGUUAUUACCACGGUCAAGGUGUAAAGAAAGACCUACACAAGGCAGCCAAAUACUAUCGCAAAGCAGCCAAACAAGGUCAUGGUAUCAUGGGUAAUUCAUGGAUCUUUAAGAGCAAGUACGACCCUAAAAAAUAAUUGCAGAUACCCCCACAUUUAUGUCGUGCGUGCACUCGCUCUCUCCACUCUCUCUCUCUCUCUUUGGUUCCCUUCCUUCAUAAAUCGUACCGCUCCUUGCAUCUCUUUCGUGUAUUUCUCACAUUGUUGUUUUUUUUAUACUUCCUUUCUACUUGUUUAAUUAACAAUUCCUAAAUUGUGCGAUCAACAACAAUAAAGCAAGCAUAACCGUUCUCCAAGCAUUUAA